CAAUGAUAUUUUUCAGUCUUUGGAUCUGAUGAAUUGCGAUAUUGCGUUUGUUAUUCUUUGAUAGUUUUACUUUUCCCGCUCAAAGUACAUGACGUCACUUCCUGUAUUCUACGUUUGCGCAUGCGUUCGACCUUCCGUACUUCGGCUUUUUGACACAAACGAAAAUUUCUGCCUCUUUCUUUCACCAACUUCGGUCGAGGAAGGAUAUAAACAAUGGCGGACUCAGCUCCAGCCGGUGGUCGAGGUGGCUUCCGUGGCGGAUUCGGCGGUGGUGGUGGUGGACCAGGAGGCGGUAGAGGUGGUCGUGGAGGACCAAGAGGACGAGGCCGUGGUCGCGGCAGAGGACGUGGACGUGGCAAGGAAGACCAGAAGGAAUGGGUGCCAGUUACCAAACUGGGACGCUUGGUUAGGGACGGAAAGAUUAGGUCCUUGGAGGAGAUCUAUCUCUUCUCAUUGCCCAUCAAGGAGUAUGAGAUCAUCGAUUUCUUCAUUGGAUCCGAGCUGAACGAUGAGGUGUUGAAGAUCAUGCCCGUCCAGAAACAGACGCGUGCCGGUCAACGUACGCGUUUCAAGGCCUUCGUCGCUAUUGGAGACAGCAAAGGCCACAUAGGUCUAGGCGUCAAGUGCAGCAAGGAAGUCGCUACUGCUAUACGUGGGGCUAUCAUCCUUGCUAAGCUGUCGGUAGUGCCGGUUCGUAGAGGAUACUGGGGUAACAAGAUCGGUCAGCCACAUACUGUGCCUUGCAAGGUAACAGGCAAGUGUGGUUCAGUAACCGUACGUCUGAUCCCUGCUCCCCGCGGUACAGGCAUCGUGUCCGCUCCGGUUCCAAAGAAACUGCUCCAGAUGGCCGGUAUCGAAGAUUGCUACACCUCCGCUCGGGGUUCCACUGGUACCUUGGGUAACUUCGCCAAAGCUACGUACGCGGCGAUCGCGAAAACGUACGCGUAUCUCACUCCGGACUUGUGGAAGGAGAUGCCUCUGUCCAAGACGCCGUACCAAGAGUACGCCGAUUAUUUGGCGAAGAAUCACAGAUCUGUCGCCGGAUUGGCCAGAACGGAAGCUAGCUAGAUGUUGUGUCUAGUUGUUCAAAUAAAAAAGUUAAUGAUGAGU